CAUGGCAACAACCGCGUUUUACUGAAUCAUUUUAUCCAUCAUCAAUUCCCACAAUGCUCAGAGAGAUGCCAAAAUAUUGAGGUUUUCUAGGUAUGAUGGCGCUAGGUGUUGUACACUAAAAAGAGAGUAACCUGAAACCUGGAGGGACUUUUAUUAACUGCGAGGAAAAAACGGAGUGGCGAACUACUGAUGUUCAAAUCUAGCUGCUGAGAUUCAUGGAAAAAGGACACGACAGCUCCACCAGUAUGGCAGCGUCAGAGCUGUACACAAAGUUUGCUCGGGUGUGGAUCCCUGAUGCAGAUGAGGUGUGGAAGUCAGCAGAGCUCACUAAGAACUACAAACAUGGAGAUUCCACCCUACACCUCACACUGGAGGAUGGAAUGGACAUUGAGCACAAGCUGGAUGAUAAAACAAAGAACCUUCCUCACCUCCGGAACCCUGACAUCCUGGUGGGGGAGAAUGACCUCACAGCUCUUAGCUACCCUCCACGAGCCGGCCGUCCUGCACAACCUUAA